AUGCUAUGCCCAAAAGAUAAAAACGAAGAAGCAAAUUUUGCUCAGGGCUUUGAUUACUUGAAUUUGGAAGGUAUGACACAACAUUUUCAUCUUGGUCAAAGAUUGUUCACAGAAUAUGCUGUAAAACAAAAAUUUUUGACCAGCUAUUAUGAUCCUCGUGAGAUUUAUGUACGAUCGGCAGAUACAAAUCGAACAAUGUUAAGCGCAAGCAGUAAUAUGGUCGGUAUGUAUCAAAAUGGAACACAACAAGAGGAUGUAGAUUAUCCUAAGAUUGAAGGAUGGCCUGAAAGAUUUGUUCCCGUCUCAAUACAUUCUGACAAAAGUGAAAUUGACUACGAGUCUGAAAUGGCACCUUGCCCACGUAGGGAUUAUAUUUGGUCUUUGGUGCAGAAAACUUUAGAAUACAAAAAUUUAGAAACUGAAAAUAAAGGUUUUUUGGACAAUAUCUCUUCAAAAUGUGGCCAAAAAAUAUCAAUUUUUGAUCUUGGCAUUGUAACCAAAUCAUUCCUUGCUGAGAAAUUUUUCAACUUGACAACAAUUGUUAGUGACGAAGAAUUCAAGAAUCUUAGCCAGAUAGAAACAGAAGUUGAAAGAUUAAAACGUGGAGAAGGUUUAAAUAACACUCAGAACAUUGAAUUCAAUGAAGAACUACUAAAUUUAAGAUUUGCAGCUUUGGCUCAACGAAUUCUCUAUCAUUUUAAUCUUAAGGUACAUUGUCAAUCAGAUAAUGCUGCUAACCAACCUGAGUGUACAUGGAUGAAACGGUUUAAGUAUUAUGCAUUUUCAGUGCAUGGAACAACCUUGGAAGGCUUAAAAGCGUAUCUAGACAUCAAACAGUUAUCGCCAAAUCAAACUAGUCGAUCGAUUAGUGCUUUGGCACUUGAGCUGUGGAAGUUAGACAAUCAAACUUACUCUAUCAAGAUGUGUGAUGAUUUACCUGCAAAUGCUGCCCCGUUAGAGAAGAAUGAUUACCACGUUUCGCCUCAAAGGCUUACAAAAAGGGACAUUCCGGAAGGGCCCGAAGAUGAGCUAAUUUUUGUACAGUCGUUGUGGCGCCACGGUGAUCGAUCACCGCUGAGUGGAUGUGAGAACGAUAAAAAUGGUGAAGAUGUCUGGCAUCUAGGCAGUGGGCAGCUUUCACCGAAUGGAAUGAAGCAACAUUUCAAAACUGGCAAAAUGAUUUACAAUCGAUAUGUCACAGAAAAGAAAUUUCUGAGUCCUAAAUUUAACUCAAAAGAGAUUUACGUUCAUUCGACAGGAUUUAACAGAACAAUUAUAAGCGCAAUGUCAAAUUUAAUUGGUAUGUACUCCAACAAAUCGCAAGUAACAGCUGGAAAAGACUUUCCAGAUAUUAAGGGGUGGCCUUCAGGAUAUGUUCCGAUACCUGUACAUAAUUACGACAAUAUUCAUGACCAUGUAAUGAUUGAUUUGUUACUGCCUACAGAAGUUACUACGCUUGAAACAAUGGGUGAUCCAAACACAGCAUGUCCAAGACAAACUUUCUUCGUUAGAAUGUCAGAAGAAGCUCCGGAAGUGGCCAAUUACGCUGCAGAAAUGGCCGAUCUACUGGCACGCGCUUCUAAGCGUUGCGGGCACAACCUAACUCUGUUUACCAUAACGCGGCCGCUUGAUGCCGACUUGAUUGAGGGAUUUUAUAAUCUCUCUAGAGUAUUCGACGACGAAAUGCACAAGCAAUUACAGGAACUGGAGAAUGUUGCUGAAAAUGUGAAACUUGGUUUAUUAGCAUAUAACUUUCGUCAAAACGGAUACGAUCUCAAAGUAGAAGUUCCAAAGACAAGAGGCGGAAGUGUUUUGUGGAACGUUAUCAACCACAUGCAAAUGAAACACGAUUCAACAGUGAAUGCGAUGCUGACAACAUUGGGAAUGAAGGAGCGUGUGAUACCAAAUGGAAUUCCAGAAUACACUGCUGCCAUAUUUUUUGAGUUAUACAAAACGUCAGACAGCAAAUACAAAGUUAAAAUAAUAUUCCACAGAAAUCCCGAUUCGACCAGUUGGGAAGAUAUUACCGGAUAUGUCACAGGAUGCCCUACCUAUGAGCUCUGCCCUUUUGAUACAUUUGUAACUCGAUCUGAACCAUUUUAUCCUGGAGUUAUUGAAGACUUGUGCGCAGAUGUACCCACGACUACAGUGGCUCCUAAAACACAGAGUUCGCAACAAACGACAGCCACAACGCAAACGACAGCAACAACGCAAACGACAGCAACAACGCAAACGACAGUAACAACAACAGCGACCACAUCAUCGGAAGCAUCAUACAUCCAUUUAGGACUUUCGGUCGCCUUCUUACUCGUGUUGAAAUGGAGUGUUGUAAUGUAA